ACCGGGGGCCCCCGUACUCUCCCACCGCCUCGCGGAGCUCAGCCCGACAUCCUCCCCCUCUGCGCGCGCCCUCCUCCGCAUCCCUCCUCCCUUGUCGGAUACCUCUUCCGGCGAGAGAGGAACAGGAGCCCGCCCGAUGAGUGCCGCGCGCCGGCCGCGCGCCCGAGGGGUGCCCUCUCUGUCCGCCACGGCGUCAGCGGCCAUCAUACUUUGGCUGAUGGCCGCCGCGGUCGGCGCGGCAAAUGUCCACCCGCCGGCAGAGGCUGCCAUGGCCUUGCCGAUGACCCACUCAGUUUCGGGGGUCUCCCCUUCCGCGAGCGACUCAUCCGCGAUCGUGAUCCCCGACACGUCUUCCCCGCUGGAGAUCUUGGUCAUCGCGAUUUUCAUGGGGACGCUCCUUUUCGACAUUUGCUGCCUGGCGUUUGUCUUGGCCACCGGCGGCCGUCGAUGGCCGCCACUGCGCGUGCGCCAGCUCGACGCCGUCGCCGUUACCCUGGUUGGUGUUACCUUUACAGGUUUCGGAGUUCUGUCCAUCAACCGGUUUUUUCCUUACUUCGGCCCUUGGCAAUGCAACCUCAGCUGGUGGAUGAUGAUGUCCCUCGGCCAGGGGCCCAUCCUCUCGGGGUAUUUUCUCCGGAUGUGGCGCCUUGUUGUCAUUUUCAAGCGUCAGAUCCGGAGUCGAUACAUGAUUGUCAUUCCGAUGGUGCUUUUCUGGCUUCCCUCGGUCGUGGUGUCCUCGAUCAACACGGCCCUCGAUCUCAACUCGCCGACGAUCAUCGACGGCGUCCUGGCCUGUCACCAGCAAAACUCCCCCUAUAUCACUUUCCCCUCGACGGUCAUCUUUCUGGUGCACUUUGUUGUCCUCCUUUCCCUUAUCCUGUCAAUCCGGCGAUUUGUCUCGCCGCCCCAGUCGUCACAGGCCACCCCCCAUCGCCGCCUGCUGCGUAUGGAAUACCGCCGGUCGCUGAUGCACGUCCUCUUGAGCGCCCUCUCGCAAGCUCUCUUCAUGGUGUUCUGGUUUUUAGGGGCGCCGUACACCUGGGGCUUGCUUGGCCGGCUUCUGAUGGUCACCAUGCCCUUCCUCUUUUCACAAACCAUCUUUUGGACGACCGUCGGCACCCCUCUGUUUGCUUACAUCUUCAACCGCGAGGCCUAUCUGAAGGCCUUUCUCGAGACGCUGAAAAUCGGCAGCUCAGCCGGCUCGGUGCCUGAUGACGCCACCGACUUGCCCGCCUCUCGGCUGUACUUUUGUUGCUGCUUUGCCUUCGCCCGACGCCGCGGGCCUGGCUCGGCCCAAGGCGCUGACGACCGGAAUGCCGGGGGCAUUUCCAAGGCUCGGCGAACUUCCCUCUCGGCCAUCUGGGAGACUCCAAACGAGGAGUCCCUCGGGACCUUUUCCCCCCACACCACCGGCACCCUGUCUCCGGGGAACUUGUGCCGAAGCCCUCCCUCACAAGUCCUCUACGGAUCGCAGGACUUCGCUCGGGCAGAUCUCGAUCCGCAGGUCAUCCAGGCCCUUGCCAUCAAUGGCGAUCCGAUCUUUCACCGGCGGAUGCGCCUGCUGCUGGCGGACCCCGAAGUGGUGUUCGGCAAUCCACCAGCUGACCACCCUCAGGAAGGGGACUUGGUCACCUCCCUCAGUGGGACAUCCCUUUCCGGCGACUCGCGGGUCAGCUCCCCAGACCAUUCGCCACUUGCCUGUCCAAAUUGCUUCGGCAUUGGCAUGGCCUCCGGGUUGUGUGGCGUCUGCGGGCUUUGCGGCAUUUGCGGGGCAUAUUGCAACGCCUCCGACCGGUGCCUGGCCGUGGCCAGCUCCAAGCAUUUGAUGCUCCUUGCCUAUGGCGCCGAGGCGCUGAUGGACACCGAGUGCGCAUCCCCUGGAGUUGCAGGUGUGGUCGAGCAGCCGGGCGCCGUGGGGAAGGCCCCAAACCCACCGGCCGCGGAUUCCCUUGAGGGGGGAUCCGCCACAGUCACCCCAAUCCCGGCUCGACUCGGCCCUAUGGCCUCGGCUGUCAACCAGGCCCCGGCCACGACCAUGCCCAGCAACUCCGACUGCUGCAGUGCCGGUGGUGGUUACAAGAGCAACUGCCACGGCAGCCACAAGGACAGCCACGGCAACCACAGCGACAGACACAAUCACACGGGGACACAGGUCGUCACCAGGGUCUCCCCCGCCCCUCCUCCGACAGCGACCUUCCCCCUGGCCGCCACGUCUGCAACCACCACCAAGCCGAGCAUCCAUUCGAUAACCGGCUCGAUGGAGUUGUCGCCUCUUUCCUCCCCCUCACAUCCCCCUGGCUCGCCGAUUCAAGAGGAAGCCAUCAUCCUCUCCUCCGGGCACGAUACUCCUCCCUCGGGACCGAUGCCACAUCCUGGUCGUAACAUCCAUGCCAAUGACGGCGGCCGACCCGCCUCCCCCGAUGAUGGAAGCCUUGAGUCAACAGUGUGACCACACGGCCGCCAUCUGACGGUGGGGGGGGGGGGGGGG